AUGAAGGACGGCGGUUUGUGGAAGGCCAACCCCCCGACCGGAACCUGCAACAACGUGUCAGGAACAUCAACCCCGUGUGUGGACACCAACUGCAUAGGGAAUGUGAUCACUGACCCAAAAGAAAGUCUGUCCAGCGUACUAAAUUCUAUGGCGCACCUUGACAGAGACACACUGUCGGAAGUGACCCGACUUCUGAAGCCCAAUUACACAGCCAAGAAGGUCGUGUUUGUAACUGCUGCCUCCACAAAUCAUUUCUUCGAAUCGCAAGCAAUGAUCAAGAACCUCCAUGAAAGAGUGUUUCCUUUGCUUACCAAUUACAGUUUUGUCUACUAUGACCUUGGACUUACAACCGAACAAAGGAGCCAGGUUGAACGUUUCUGUCGCUGCGAAGUGAGGACAUUCCCACUUUCGGCGAUGCCCCCUCGUCUUCAACAACUGAAAUGCUACACAUGGAAGCCCCUCAUUAUCAACGCCAAUCUCCCGACAGCAGAGCAUCUGGUGUGGACAGACGCCUCGGUUCGGUUCCAGGGGGAUUCCAUUCUCACUCUGUUAAAGGAACUGGACAUCAAGGGCGUGACCAUCAACAGAGCUGAUUGGUCAAUUGGUCAACACACUACGAAGGAUAUGAUGAAUUACUUUGGGGAAAGGACAUGCAAAUUCUCUCACACAGUGGAACCCGGUGCUUUCUUUAUCAUGCUGAAGAAUGAUCGGUUUAUUCGCAAUGCAGUGGUGAAACCCUGGGUCGCCUGCGCACUCAGCCCCAAAUGCAUGUGCCCGGAUAAUCAUAAAAGUCUUCUUCAUUGUAGAGGAGAAAUCCGGAAGUACAGCAAGUGUCACCGUUUUGACCAAUCAGCGAUUGGUAUUAUACUCGUGAAGCUCUUCCGGGAUCACGAGAUCAGUGUUACAAUUCCUCUGAAGUUAAUCAAAGUACGACGCGGAAAUAAGGAGAAAUAUUUUGAUGCAUUACGGAGUCGAAAGACGCCAAUGUUAUUCAAAAACUACAUUUGA